AUGCUUACUACCACCGUCUCCUCAAAAAUGUUGUCAAGUAUGGCAAAAUCUGAAGGCUUCUAUUUUGAAGAAACCCUGACCGGUUUCAAAUGGUUAGGAAAUGCUGCGACAGAGCUAAAAAAAAAAGGAUAUGAUCCAUUUUUUGCUUAUGAGGAGGCGAUUGGAUUUAUGAUUGGUGAUGUGGUUAUGGAUAAGGAUGGUAUAAGUGCUUUGGCAACAUUUGGAGAACUAUUGGUACAGCUAGAGAAGAGAAAUAUAAGUGUUAAAGAUUAUUUGGAAGAGUUGUAUCAAAACUAUGGGUACUUUUUGACAGAUAACUCAUACUUUAUCUGUCAUUCCCAACCUACAAUGGAUGAAAUUUUCGAUAAAAUAAGGUAUGGCGAAAACCCGACAAAACCAUCUGAUUCAGAUUACCCUUAUUCGUAUCAACUUUCAUACCCUACAACGCUAGCUGGCUACAAAGUCACCUACGUUCGAGAUUUAACAAUCGGCUAUGAUACCAGUAGGCCAGAUAAAAAACCAACACUGCCGGUAUCCGAAAGUUCCCAUAUGAUCACCUUUGGAUUAGAAAACGGUGGAACUGAACCAAAGAUCAAGUACUAUUUCGAAUUAUCGGGAACAGAUCGUGAAAAGGUUAAAAUGGAGUUGAAAGAAAUAGUUAAAAGAGCGACAAAUGUAUUAUUGGAACCCGAGAAAUAUGGGUUAGGAUAUAGAAAGUGA